CAAGCAAACCCUCCCAACAUGGAGGGCUUUUAUCUCUUCCUCCUUCUGGUGGAAUUAAGUUCUCUUGUAGGAGGGGCAGUCGUUUACCCUUCAUUACAAUGGAACUUCAAAAAUCCUCAGUAAGUAUCCUCAUAUAGUAAAUGAUAAACUAGAGAAAGUCAGCUGACUGAAGCAAGGGAAAUGAAAAGCUAACAUUUGAUGUUAGCUCUUCAUUUCAUAUUUGGUAUUUUGUGCGUUUAAUUAGAAAACUUUCAAUUAUAAUUAAAAUUGCUAUUCCAUAUGGCUUACGCUGUUAUGGGUUAGGAGUGAGUUUAAAGAUAGAGUGGUCGCGAAAUUUUGCUGAAAGUUAGAUGUUAACGGCAAAGUUGACAUUCUUUUGGAAAGUGAUAUUGAAAUAUCUUACUGGAUUGAAAUGUUUCCACUAAUGUUUAAGUUAUUUUUGGUAAAGAUUAGAAUGUUAUAUUUUGAUAGACGACAAUGUUUGCACAGAAAGGUUAUUUCUGCGAGUUUUCGCAAUGUUUAAUGCUUGCUAUGUAUAUCCAGGGUCCCCAAGCAUGUUAAACAUUAAAACAAGACAACUCUUUUGUGUUUACAUUUAAAAGCUAGAAGUAUUUAAUUUACUUAAAUACUGACCUAACAGUAUUCGCCACAUUACAGGAAUACCAAUCAUUUUGUGAUAUUUUUACAAUACUACUUGCAAUGUGGCAAAAAACAAAAAGUUUCAGCAUUUUGAAAGCACUCCAAAAGGAAUGGUGACAGCACUUUGUGUAACACCCUGAUACUGAAAAUAAUCCUUUUAUAAUUUAAUACCAAGAAUCUAAUACCACUUACUGACAAAUUACAAAAGUACUGACAAUAUCCGCACAACAUGAAAACUAACAGAAAAAGUUAAGGAAUAUGUAAGAGGGAACAACCUUAUACUUAAGCCAGCAACUUUGGCUUCUCCAAAUUGAAACAUCUCUAGUUGGAGAUGUUUCACUUUGUCUGUGGGAUCCAGCUGCUACAAAAAUAAUUUUAUCAGAUGAAAUUCUGAUGAAUCUAUGUCUAAUACUGAAAUUACUAACAUGUAUGGCAACCCAAUGUACAUGUCACUAUGAUAAACCAUUAUUCACCAAAGUGCAGGGGAAUAGUAGUGAAUAUUUACUGAGCCACAAUGUGGCAAAAUAAAUGUCUACCACUUUCAUCAAUGCUAAGGUGAAUCAUUGUCUUAGUAUAUACCACACUGAAACCAAAAAAAAUAGUUUGUUUCAGCCAAUUUACCACAAAGUGGUCAGAAAUUAACCUUGUGAUGUAUAAAUUUAUCUAUUAGUUGCUGGGAAAUAAAAAAAGUAGUUGCUAAUCACUUCUGAACGUAUGUAUCAGCACUUGCAAAAAGCAGUGUGGUAUUUACUAAUGGUGACUAUUGAUUACUUCUAGGGAUAUAUGAGAAACUGUAACAGUGGUACUUUCCAGAACCUUACAGUCAUUUAGAUCUGUUUUGUAUCUAACCUCUCCUUUAGAUUUCAAGAGGGAAAGUUGCAUUUCAGUGUCCUGCCAGGUUCAAAACUGAACCUGAUCUGCCCUCAUGUAGCAGUAUCCUUUGUAGAGAUGGAUGACACAGAUAGCAUGCUCUAUUUUGAAAACGUUUGGAGAGUUGACAACACAAGCUACCAGACUUGUGAGGUUAAUACCACUGUAGCAGAGAACAAGAUGGUACUAAAGUGUGCUGAUCCUCGAAAGAUUCAAUUUACCACAGUAGUCUUUCAGCGUUUCAGUGCUGUUAAUUCCCUGGUAUUUGAGCCAGGAAGCACCUAUUAUUUUAUUUGUAAGUGUGUGAUGUUUUGA